GUCAACAAGACUCUGUUCUUCCUAGGAAUCCAGUUUGAGGAUGGAGAAGAUGCAGACAUACACCUAAACUUCUCUGUGAAUGUGAUGGAGACCAUGUGUGUGUACUUUGGUGAUGAGUGGGGCAAUGAGGAAGACCAUCUGUGGCAUAAUGAUGGGUGCAAGCCUGGACCCCUGUCCAACACCACCCACAUGCACUGUCGGUGUGACCACCUCACCAAGUUUACUGGUUUGGUGGCUCCAAAUCCCAUCAACUUUGCUGAAGUGUUUACCAAGGACAUACUUCAGAACCCCAUUGGAUUGAUCCUGGUCCUGGUGAUUUUCCUGUUGUACCUCCUGGCAGUCCUUUGGGCCAGAAAGGCAGACAGGCGGGAUCUGACUAAGGUCGGUGUUGCUCCACCCCAAGGUCACACCUUGAACCCUGACCCCUGGUGUCAGUAUGUCGUCACUCUGUACACAGGAUUUAAAGGUGGUGCUGGGACAACAGCGUCGGUAUGGAUUAAUCUGUUUGGAGACUAUGGACGGACAGGACCGAUCGCACUGCAAGACGAGAACCGUCCACUGUUUGAAGAGGGCAGCGUGGACUCCUUCCUGGUGUCGUCACAGAACAUCAUCGGGAUGAUUCAUGUUGUCCAUAUUUGGCAUGACAACACGGGCUACAGCCCGGAAUGGUACCUGAGUCAGAUUGUGGUUCAGGAGAAGGGUACAAACAGGAUUGUCUACUUCUUGUGCAACAGCUGGUUUGCUGUUGGAGAGGGUGAUGGGAAGAUUGAACGUCUCAUCCCUGUAGCCAGCCCUGAGGAGAUGACAGAAUUUGUGAAUCUUUUCCGGUCCAAGACAUCGAGAGACGUAAACGACAGCCACCUGUGGUUCUCAGUGAAAGGCCGUCCUGCCCGGAGUCCGUUCACCCGUGUCCAGCGCCUGUCCUGCUGCCUGACGCUCCUGUACAGCACCAUGGUCACCAACAUCAUGUUCUUCGGACAAGGAGACAACUUCGACCCUCCAGACAAGAUCCAGAUUGCAGGGAUUGAAAUGAAUCCACCAAUUGAUCUCCCUAAACUGAUGAUCAGUUUGCAGAGUGCUGCCAUCAUCAUGCCUGUCAACAUCCUCAUUGUCUUCUUCUUUAGGCACUCCCGUAGGAAACCAUCCAAGAAGAGGAAGAACAAUCAUUGUAGUACUUCUGCUGCAGAAGAAGGUGCAACAAUGUCUGAGAAGCACCAGUCCUGGAUGCUAGCAGCAGCUGAGCCUGUGGACAAGAAGAAAACAUUCAACAACCAGAAAACAUUCUUCUCCACAUCACCAUCUACCCAGGCUUCUGCACAAGAACCCAUCUUGAUGUAUUCCUUAGGACUAGAGAGGACAUUUAAUUUGAACUCAAAAUCAUUGCUAGCCAACAAAAGCCCAUCCAAGAAAUCUAAAGAGAAAACAUCCAAGAAGUAUGAAGAUAAUAAAAGUUUUAAAAGUCGUGAUUCCCAGAAAGAACAACAUAAGGAAGAGGAAGGAGGUGUGCGGUGGUGGGCUAUAUGCACUGGCUGGCUGCUGGUGUGGUCGGCUAGUUUUGUUGCAGCCUUCUUCACCGUGCUGUACACACUGUCAUUUGGGAGGCCAAAGGCAGAAGCCUGGUGCAUCGCCUUUGUCACAUCCUUCCUGUCAGACAUCAUUGUGAUUCAACCGGUCAAACUAGUCGUUGUGGCAGUGGUCUUUGCUCUCUUCAUCAAGUCACCAGUCACAGAGGAAGACCCUGCACCUUCUCCUCUGCACAAGACUGAAGAGUACCUCCCUACCAAAAGAGACAGGAUGCCAGUGGUGACACUGCCCCCUGGAAAAGCAGAGCUCUCAGAGGCAAGGCUGAAGAAACUGGAGGAUAAGAAAAGGCGCAGUGCAAUUAUUGAGGUAUGGUUGUUUGUGAUCUUCGUGUUGGUGGUGACGAUGAUUGCCUACAAUGAAAAAGAUCCCAUGGCUUUUCACAUGAACGAGUCAGUCAGAAACUCACUUCUUCACGAGACAGAGGAACUCACAUUCGAGGAGGUUGCAGAUGUGGAGUCAUUCUGGACAUGGCUGCAGGCUGGACUCCUCCCAACCUUGUAUCAGGACUCCUGGUACAACGGCAUGGUGAACCCUGCACGGGUCAUUAUGGGGAACGGGAAGUCCUGGUUAGUGGGGACAGCUGCCAUGCGCCAGGUCAGACUGGAGCCUGGAUUGCCCUGUAAUGUGCCUGAGCGAAUGCAAACAUACGGCACACGUUGUGUCCUGAGCUUCUCCCUGACAGACAUGGACGCAGCCAAUUACAGCACUGGCUGGCAAAACAGCAGCAUUUCAACUGACACCAGAUGGGAGAUGCUCAAGCCAUGGGUGUACACCUUCGCAUCUCUCACUGAUGGGUUUCCAACAUUUGGUGAGCAUGGAACCUACACUGGAGGGGGCUACAGCACAAGUUUGGAUCCAUCUGUCCGCUUCUCUAACCUAACACAGGAACAGCUCCUGCAGGAUGGGGGCUGGCUGGAUCAGAACACUCGGGCUGUUAUGGUGGAAACGACCCUGUACAACCCCGAUGCCAACCUUUUCUCCGUGGUGACGUUCCUGGUGGAGUUUACCUACUACGGAAACGCCUUCCCCUCAGCCUCGAUCUCCACACUUCGCCUCUUCCAGACCUCCCAAAUCCUCUUGAUAGCCCUGAAGGGUGUCAUGGUGCUGUUCCUCUUCAUCUUUGUGUACAGAGAAGGAAAGCAGCUGGUAGCCAGUCCAUUUGAGUACCUGCAGGAUGUGUGGAACUGGGUGGAGCUUCUCGUCAUCCUGGCCGGCUUCUCCACCCUGGCCGUGUACUUCCAGACCCAGUCGGUGAUCGACCAGGUCAGUGAACCCGGCAGCCACACCCAGUUCUCGGUGUACCGGCGUGCGGCUGGCUGGGUGGAGGUGUACACGUACGUGACUGCUGCCCUGAUCUGCUGUGUCACCCUCAAGCUGGUUCGGCUCAUCAGGUUCAACAAGGUUGUGCAGGUCCUGUUUGGCACCAUCAGUACGUCCUUCAAACCACUGACUGGCUUCAUGAUGGUCGUGGCUAUUAUACUGAUGGCGUACACUCAGAUGGGCAGCCUGUUGUUUGGGGCUAACCUGCAGACCUACAGCAGCAUCGGCAGCAGUCUGGCCUCCAUCUGCCUCAUGACCAUCGGCAGUUUUGACACAGCAGAGCUGACAGAAGUGUCGUGGAUCUAUGGCCCCAUCUUCUUCUUCCUUUUUCAGGUUACCAUGCAGUUUUUCCUGAUGACCAUGUUCAUGGCCAUCCUGAUGGACACGUACGCGGACGCAAAUGUGAACACAGAGGUGCAGAAGUUGAGGAUGAUGGCGUUCGUGCGCCAACGCGUGAAGAAGCAGGCACGGGAGACCUCCCAGGAUACAAGGAGGCACCGAGACAGGUCAAACAGUUAUCAAAUCACGUCAAGCACAACCAUGUUGUUUGGUACACACCCAUGCGGUGACAAAGGCAUCGACCAGCCAGCAUUUCUGCAGUCAUCAGGGACUCUGAGCUUUUCCUGGUGACUGCUCAUUUUGCAUCAUUGGAAACCUACACUGACAUUCCUCGUCAUAGCCUAUAUCAAGGAUUGAGAGACAAGAUGCUUCAUCGCUGGUGCUGCAUCGACCUGGACCCUCUACGAAAACAUUGGCAAUGGCUGUCUGCUUUAGUAAUCUUGAGCCUUGCUGUUGGUGUGUAUUCCCAACUGUCACCCUGCUACGAUGGUUCAGGCAAGAUGUGUACGUGCCACGAGGGGACAGACACGGGCGUGCCCUGUACCAACUGUGUGUGUGAGCACCAGAACAGCGAUGUCACCAACCUAUGUGCAUCUGUCAUCUGCCCCACAUCCCUCAUCCAGCCUUCCUGCCUGGAUGAUGGUACAACAGUUGUCAGUGCAUGCACAGUGGAUGCCGUGGUUUUCGAGGGGCUAAGGCCACUGGAAAAUCGGUUGGUGUUUCAGGUAAAGCAUGCUGUCCCAUUCACAAGCCAUGUGGCAGCUCAGUGCACCAAUGGAAACCCAACCACGACCUG